AGAGAGAGAGAGAUCGAUGGAUUUCUUGUGCUUUGUAAUUGCCAUUUGCCUCACCUGGAUCUUAAUCCAAGCUGUUUUCUCUAUGAUUCCAAGUAGGAAGUGGAAGGCAAAUCACAAAAAGCUUCCACCUGGUCCAAAACCUUUUCCGGUCAUCGGAAACCUCUUGGAACUCGGUGAUCAACCCCACAGGUCCCUAACCAGGCUUGCCAAGACUCAUGGUACCAUAAUCAGCCUAAAACUUGGAGGAGUAACAACAAUAGUCAUCUCUUCAGCAGACAUGGCCAAACAAGUCCUCCAAACACAUGACCAAAACUUGUCGAACCGAACCAUCCCGGACGCACUCCGAGCCCACGAGCACGACGUGUUCGGCUUGCCGUGGAUCACCGUUUCAAGCAAGUGGAGAAACCUUCGUAAAAUAUGCAACGGUCAACUAUUCUCCAACUCAGCCCUUGACGCCAACCAAGAUAUCCGGCGGAAGAAAGUGCAAGAGCUCCUCGCCGAGACUCGUCAGAGCUGCCUAGCCGGUGAGGCUGUGGAAGUUGGGAGAGCCGCUUUCAAGACUACGCUUAAUAUGUUAUCAAACACCAUUCUUUCGGUUGAUUUGGCGGACCCGAAUUCUGACGCGGCUAGAAAGUUCAAGGAGAUCGUGUGGAAUAUCAUGGAAGAGGCAGGGAAACCCAACAUAGCAGAUUAUUUUCCUUUGCUUCAGAAGUUGGACCCUCAAGGGAUAAGGCGGCGCAUGACAGUUAACUUCGGGAAGAUGAUGGACCUCUUUUCCCGCAUGAUUAACGAACGUUUGCAGUUGAGAAAAGUGUCUGGUUUUGUCACGAACAGUGACAUGUUAGAUACCCUUCUCAACAUCAGCGAAGAAAACAUUGAACAGAUGGACAAGACGACGAUGGAACAUUUCUUCUUGGAUCUAUUUGCUGCUGGCACUGAUACAACAUCAGCCACAUUGGAAUGGGCAAUGGCAGAGCUACUUCGAAACCCAGAUGCACUAUCAAAAGCCAAAACAGAGUUGCAACAAGUAAUUGGUGAAGGUCACCCGGUUGAGGAAUCGGAUAUUACUCGUUUACCUUACUUACAAGCAGUAGUGAAAGAAACAUUCCGGUUGCAUCCGGCAAUUCCUUUGUUACUCCCUAGGAAAGCUGAAGAAGAUGUAGAAAUCAAUGGUUAUAUUAUCCCAAAGGGUUCACAAGUGUUAGUGAAUGCAUGGGCUAUAGGCCGAGACCCGAGCUUUUGGGAGAAUGCAAAUUCAUUUAUACCGGAGAGGUUCUUGGGGUUGGAAAUUGAUGUUAAAGGCCGAAACUUUGAGAUUAUACCCUUUGGUAGUGGAAGGAGAAUAUGUCCUGGUUUGCCAUUGGUAAUACGAGUGUUGCACUCGAUGUUAGGUUCUCUUAUCCACACCUUUGAUUGGAAGCUUGAAGAUGGGGUUAAACGUGAGGACAUGAACAUGGAAGAAAAGUUUGGCAUAACUUUACAGCGUGCACAUCCUCUAAGAGCUGUCCCUAUUCCAGUCUAAAAUAGGCUGAAGAAUUUACUUUGUUGUAGCUUAAAAGAAGAAAAUAUGCAUAUCUCAAAAAAGAAAAAAAAAAAAAAACAUUUUGUAUUGGCAUAUGUUUGGUGUAUUGUACUUUAAUUUUUUGUUGAAUAACAAAUAGGGCUUGUGAUUUUGAUGAUGACUUCAAAUAUAGCCGAGGUUGGAGGUUGUAAAAGAAGGAAGACUUGCUUUUGG